CCGUUAAAUAUAUUUUGUGUACAUAAUGAUUAGCUUUUUCCUUCAACUUCAGGGCUGCCAAUUAUCCGCGGAAUCGCGGAUUUCCGCGAAUUUUCCGGUCUCCAGGGUCGUUUUUGAGAUCGAUGUAAAUUCGAGGAGAUAAUUUGGGGGGGGGGGGGGGGGGUAACCCCCAAAGUCGAUCGGCCUAUCGGUAUCUUUCACGUUCGUGUUUGUUUUUCUUGUACCCGAUAUCCGGAGCGCUUCGAAUAUUAUUGUGGUCGCCGAGUAUAAUUCUUGAUGAUUAAAGCGCCCUUUUCAUUGGUCGAUUCCAUGCGUCUGUUGGAUGUCUUUUGUAUGAAGGACCAAUCAACUCCACGUAUACAUAAAAGAUGAGAUUAAUGUGUGUUUACAAUUUGAAAGCGUAGCUUGUAAAAGUACAACGAAAAAUGUUGCCAAAACUAACCGACAAAGACGCUCAAAAAAUUAAAGAAAUUGACCAGAGUGUGGCAAAUAAAUGGAAAUUUGAAUGGCUGGACGUUCUAGUUCAGAUAUCCAAAGGAACAGAGCAAUGCGAUGUUCGUAUCGGUGACUGUUUCGAGAAAGUAACGUUAGCUGGUCAAGCUCAUUGCAAAGUGUGUGACAAAGUGACAAAUUAUGGCUCAAGAGGGGUCGUAUCGCUCAAAGAGCACAUCAAAAGCACAAAACAUGUCAAAAUGCAUUUCGAGUCAAGGAAAUGUUACAAGGUUGAUACGAUGCUCAAGCAAUAUGCAGGCGAGCCGCAACCAGAUACAGAGAAAAGCGUGCAUGAACCGGUAGCUGUCCCCAUGUGUGAUAGGAUUUCAAAUGCUGAGGCAACUACAUUGGCUGUUGCCGCAGAACAUGGCAUGCCAUUGUCGUAUGUUCCAAUCCUAAUUGGCCUGGCAAAAUCUCUUGCAAAGGAUCCAAAGGCCCUUGCUGAGGUGAAAUUAGAUAGGACAGCGGCAGCCUACAAGACGAAGUAUGGUCUGGCAGAAGGUUUCCACCAAAAACUAAUGACUAAAUUAAGACAAAAUUCAUUUUCAAUCAAUCUAGAUGAAGCCACCAGUUCAAACAGGAAGAAAGUAUUGACAAUGUUGGUGUCAUUCUAUGAUGAUGAGGUUGGCCAAGUGAAGAUAGAACAUUUGGCCUCUGUUGAAAUUAAGAAGACUGAUUCAGAAACUGUCUUCAAGGAAGUAGUUAAAGUCAUAGAAGGAAAUGAAAUCCCUUGGAAAAAUUUGGUGUCAGUAUUGAUGGACUCAUGUGGAGUUAUGAGGGGCAACAAGAAUGGCGUCGAAACCAGACUUCGACUGGAAAAGGCCCCACAUCUCCUUGAUGUUGAUGGUGAUUCCUGCCACCACAUGCAUAACUGCUCCAAAAAACUGUGUGAGCCUUUCACGAGGUACCUAGAAUCAUUAUUUAAUGAUGUACAUGCAGACUUCCAGUACUGCUCGGAGUAUGCAGAAAUGUUAGCUCAGAUCUGUGCAGUCAUAGUCGUGACUUACUGCAAACCAGCGAGGUUUAUUCCUCACAGAUGGUUGUCUGCCUAUGAUUUGUCAGUACAGACAACAAUGCUGCUCGAUGCAUAUGUCCUCUUCUACUACAGCUUCAUGAAGAAUGAGGAUAGACAAACCUACAAAGAAGUGGUGGAUCAAAUACUUUCGGGCAGAGGAGUACACAAAGAAGGACAAAGAAAACUGAAAGACAUUCAAGAACGAAUUGCAGCAAAGAAAAUGACUCAAGAUGGAAAAGAAAGAAAGAAGAGAAUCAUUGAAAAGGUUUUGCUGAAAGAUACAACAACAAAGCUGCAAUUGUCAUUUUACUGUGCUGUCAUGCACAUUCUGAAACAGUAUGUCUGUACAUUCCAAAGUAGCAACACCAUGGUCCACCAACUGCAUGAGGAACAGUUCAGGACAUUCAAAGAAUUCCUGGCCUGCUUCAUGAAAUCCGAAGCUGUUGUAAAUCUGACCCCAAAACAGGCCAAGGUCAUGAGAUUAGAUGAUCCACAGGUGACCUUGAAACCAAAAUCAUGUUAUGUAGGUGCACAAGCAGAGCUUAUCUUGAAAAACAGUUCUAAGAGUGACUCACAUGUUCAGAUCUUCUUGAGUCAGGUCAAAGAUGCCUACAUCCAGUGUGCAUCUCAAAUGCAGAAAACUCUCCCUCUCAACAAUAGGACAUUGAAAUCGCUUGCAGCCUUGGAUCCAGCACUAGCCAAUGACUCACAAGGUGUCCAGCUGCUGAAACAACUUGCCUUGGAUCAUUUCAAGCACUUGCUAAGUGAGAGUGAAAAGGCUGAUGUAGCAAGGGAGCUCAUCAAGUACAGUGUGGAUGACUCUCUUCACAGCUUUAGAAGUAAUGUGGUAGAGUGGUGGUCAAAGGUCUCUGCAAGAAAAUGCUACCCAAUACUGUCCAAAGUUGCUGCUGCAGGUUUGUCUAUUUUCCAUGGGCCAGCUGUUGAGUCAUCCUUCAACUCCCUGGGAGACAUUGUUGACAGUAAAGCAGCAAGCAUGGAGAUUGGAACGUACAGUGCAUACCAAACAGUACGAUAUGCUUUAAAAGCCAGACAAACAACAGCACUGGAAUAUUUCAACAGGAAAGAUGCUCACAACAACAAAGUCGUUGAUCGGCAUCUGUGUGUGAACAUGCGCUUGUCUGCACAGCGGUACAAGAAGGUACAAUUGGAAAGAAGACAAAAAAAAGCAAUGGGAGUUGGGAAGAAACUGCAAACUGUGAAAGCUGUGAAAGAACAACUGAAAUCAGAAACUAAGUUGAACUAUGAAAACCACAUUGAAUUAGAGCUUGCCAGGGCAAAGAAGCGCAAGAUGGAAGAAAGGCUGACCGAGCUUGCAAAAAAGAAGAGGCUUCAGUGAACUGCAAGUUAAAAUGCUAUUGUGCAUAUAUAACUAUAAAUUAUGUAUGUUAGUGAUAUUAUCUAUUUCAAUAUGAGCAUGUGCUUUGAUGUUUUAUGUUCUUUACACCAUCUGGGAAUCUGUGUAAUUGACACUAGUCUUGCAAGGGUUGGUAGAAUACCUUGUUAUUUAGCUUUGAGGAGGGUUGCAAACAAUAGUCAUAUUUUGUUGUUUGUUUUUCAAAGAACAUUGCCACAAUACAAUCAGUUACAGCUCUUUUUGUUAAUAUUCUUUUUUUUUUUGAAAGAACAUUGCCUUAAUACAAUCAGUAACAGUCCUUUUUGUUAAUAGUCAUAUUUUGUUGUUUGUUUUUCAAUUAACAUUGCCAUAAUACAGUCAGUAACAGUCCUUUUUGUUAAUAAAGCUGAAACCUUUUGAUUUUGUGAGAUGCUUAUUUUCUACUUGCAUAUCCCAACCAAACUUGAUCUUCUGCCAUUUAAAUUGUUUAAAUAAUAUAGCUUUCUAGACUGACCUUUCAAUUGUUUCUGGUGCCUCAAUGCCCUUCUUUCCAACAAAUGUUUCAUAGUUUUACUGGGAACUAGAGAAUUGGUGGAAAUUUGGUUCUGGAGUUUAAUAAAUUUAUGAAAGCAAUAUUUUGCUUGUUCAGUUACUAGAUUAAAGACCAUGAAGUAUUCAGGAAAUGGAGUUUAUCCCUUAAAAAUCAGUGAGAAUUCAGGAGCGUCCGGGGGCUUCGCCCCCUGGUCCCCUACAAGGGCUCUGCCCUUGACCCGCAAGGGGGCCUGACGCGGCCCCCUUGACCCCCGGCGAAAUGUUCAGCUGAUUUUAUAAUUUCCUGUUGGCAGCCCUGCAACUUAU